AUGUGGGCAUGGAGUUUCUCAUGGACUCGCCAUCUAAGGCCAAGUGACAUUGCUGCUAAAGAGGAGUUGUUAUUCCUUCUCCAACAGGCACAUCUAUCAUUGUCAAACUCCGAUAUCUUGGCCUGGACACAUGACAAAUCAGGCACCUUCUCAUCAAAAUCCUUCACAAAAGAACUGGCAAAGGCAACCCCUCACCCCCAGGGGGAUGCAAUUAAAGGCAUCUGGUGUGGACUAGUACCCAAUAGAAUCGAGAUCUUUGUAUGGACUGCCCUCCUUGGCAAAAUAAAUACAAGAAACAAGCUUGCUAGAUUGGGUAUCAUCCCAAACUCAGAAAACGUAUGCGUGCUCUGCAACUCCAAUGUCGAAAGCCACGACCACCUUCUCCUUCAUUGCUCGUUCUCCGGGCAAUUAUGGGCCGCUUGGCUCGACCUAUGGAAUAUCAAAUGGGUCCAACCCAGCAGCAUUAGAGUUGCUUUUGAUCAAUGGAACUCCCCCAUCAAGAACACAUUUUUCAAAAAGGUUUGGUCAGCCGGUUUCUUCAUAAUCAUAUGGACCAUAUGGAAGGAAAGGAAUGCACGAAUAUUCAAUAACUCGACCAGCAACAUCACAACCUUGCAUGACCUAGUUCUUUUGCGACUAGGAUGGUGGAUCAGUGGCUGGAACGAACCCUUCCCAUAUUCCCCCUCUGAUGUUCAGCGAAAUCCACAUUGUUUACUAUGGGGUGGAAACAAACCAUCCUCACAAAGCCACAAUAUCACUGCAGCACAACAAUUAUGGACUCCUCCAGAUAAAGAGCAAUUGAAAUUGAAUGUCGACGCUUCUGUUGACCCAACCUCAUCAAAGUCGGCAAUCGGGGGUGUCUUACGUGACCAUCAAGGCAACUUCAAAUGCUUAUUCUCUUCUCCAGUCCCCCCAAUGGAGAUUAAUUGUGCCGAGGUUCUGGCCAUUCAUAGAGCCAUCACCAUUACGUUAGCAAGCAGUCAAUUCUGUCAUUCCUCUUUCGUGCUAGAAUCCGACUCCGCAAAUGCGGUGGCAUGGUGCAAUAGAGACACGGGCGGUCCAUGGAACCUGAAUUUUCACCUCAAUUACAUCAGGAACACAAGCAAAUAUGGUCCAACCUUUGCUAUUGUCCACAGGGGACGUUCAUCAAACAUGGUAGCAGACUCCCUGGCCAAACAAGGCCUUCAUCGCAGCUCCGAGUUCAUAGCAUGGACUUAA